UACCAAUAGACGAAAGUGUAUGGUGCUGUAUCUUAUAAUUUUAUAUAUUAUUGUAAUGUAACAAUAUUAUUAGAAAAAAAAGCUAAGAAGUCGAAUUGAAAACAAUUAUUUAAAAUAAUAUUGAAAAAGGGAGACUUAUUAGAUUGAUUGUGUUGAUAUCAUCAUUGCCUACGGUUAUAACGAUAUGGAGGACUAUAAAUUCCUAUUUAAAAUUGUGCUUGUUGGUAAUGCUGGGGUGGGUAAAACAUGUCUAGUUAGACGUUUUACGCAAGGUCUUUUUCCUCCUGGCCAAGGGGCUACGAUUGGGGUUGAUUUUAUGAUAAAGACAGUUGAAGUCGAUGGUGAUAAAAUAAAGUUACAAAUUUGGGACACUGCUGGACAAGAGCGAUUUCGAUCUAUUACGCAAAGUUAUUACAGAUCAGCGCACGCUUUGAUUCUAGUUUACGACAUCAGUUGCCAGCCUACAUUUGAUUGCCUUCCAGAUUGGUUACGAGAAAUUCAGGAGUAUGCCAACUCUAAAGUAUUAAAGAUUCUAGUGGGUAAUAAAACUGAUAGAGACGACCGGGAAAUUCCAACACAGAUUGGUGAAGAAUUUGCCAAACAACACGACAUGUAUUUUUUAGAGACAUCGGCAAAAGAAGCUGAAAAUGUUGAAAGAUUAUUUUAUGAAAUUGCUGCUGAAUUAAUUGAUCAGGCCCGAUGUAAAGACGGUUCAUCUAUCACUAAUAAAAAUUCUGGUGAUUCUAUAGGUUUGUCUUCUCUAGGUGCUAAGGCGUCUCAAAGCAGCUGUUGUAGCGGUUUUACCAAUAACUCUAACGUCAAUAAUGUACCAAAUAAUAUAACAUAAAAUAUUAACAAUUAAUUCAUUUUUACAUUGUUCACUAAUCACACUGUGAAAACGGGGAAUCGCAAUAACACAUAGUAACUACAUUAUGUUAAUUUUAUUUAAUUUUUAUUGUUAAAUACACUCCAGAUUAUUUUAUGCGGUAGAUGAGUUCGAAGAAAAUCGUAUAAAUAAAAUCUGCUUAAAAACUCAAUCAGCAUACACAAAAAUCAUCAGCAUUCCAAAUGCUAAAUAAAAAAACGGAUAACUGGAAAGCAAUAUGUCAAAUUUCAAAAA